GCAGCAGAGGAAGAAAAGAGAUGAGAACGGACCACGGACACAGUAUAUGGAGUGAAGCAGAAUCAGAGACAUCAACAUUAGGUCAUUUUUAGAUUUAGGGAGGAUAGAAAAACGUGCCUAGGUUGCCGUUUACCUUGUGGGUUUUUGUGUGUGAGAGUGUGUGUGUUUCUUAGAUUCCAAGCCCACCUCCCUCUCACCAGCUCGAUGUGAGAGCAGACGAGAGAGGAGUAAAGUGAAGGGGGAGAGGGAGAGAAACAAGGAGUGACAAAGCUAAAACAAGGAGAGAGAGAGAGAGAAAUGAGGGAGGGGUAGAAUGACAGAAUCAGAGGGGAAGUGUGUGAGACAGAAUGAGGGAGGGGUGUUAGUAUGUGUAAGACAGAGUAAGGGAGGGGUGUUAGUAUGUAAAAGACAGAAUGGGUGGGAGGAGGGGAUAAAAAAGCUUUGAGGAAAUACUAGCGGCACGUUCGCUGGUUGGACUUUCUCAAGACGGCUGGACCUUUCUGCCUCACUCAAACUUUGUCGAAAAGACACGCUUCGAACCGGGACUAACGAAUAAAUUCCAUGGGUCAAUGAAGAGCGUAAAGAAGAAGCAGAGAACAUGUCGUUGUUCCAGCUGGACUUUGCUAAGAAAAAAGAAAGAGAGUUGGAGAGGAAACUCAAGGCAAAUGACAGAGAGUAUAACCUCUCCUUCAAGUAUGCUACUAAUGCCAUUAAGACGUCCAAAUACAACGUGUUCACCUUCCUGCCUCUCAACCUCUUUGAACAGUUCCAGAGAAUUGCCAAUGCUUACUUUCUCAUUCUGUUGCUACUCCAAUUGAUUCCGGCAAUCUCGUCUCUGUCCUGGUUCACGACUGUGGUUCCUCUGGUCCUGGUGCUGUCUGUGACCGCUGCCAAAGAUGCUACGGAUGACAUAAACCGCCACAGGAGUGACAAACAUGUGAACAACCGGAAGGCGACGGUGCUCAUCGAUGGACAGCUACAAAGUGAGAGGUGGAUGAACGUCCAGGUGGGGGACAUCAUCAAACUGGAAAACAACCAGUUUGUUACGGCAGACCUACUGCUGCUCUCGAGCAGUGAACCUCUGAAUCUGGUCUACAUAGAAACGGCUGAACUGGACGGGGAGACUAAUUUGAAGGUGAAGCAGGCUCUAACGGUCACAGGAGACAUGGGGGACAACAUCCAGAAGCUUGCCGCCUUCAACGGCGAGGUGCGCUGUGAGCCCCCGAACAACCGCCUGGACCGUUUCACAGGAACGCUGAAUAAUGCCGGACAGAAAUACUCUCUGGACAAUAACAGGAUCCUACUCCGGGGCUGCACUCUCAGGAACACCGACUGGUGCUUUGGACUGGUGCUGUUCGGAGGUCCAGAGACUAAGCUGAUGAAGAACUGUGGGAAGACCACGUUUAAGAGGACCAGCGUGGACCGUCUGAUGAAUGUACUCGUACUCUGUAUAUUUGGCUUCCUGGCGGUGAUGUGUACCAUCCUGGCCAUUGGCAACAGGAUCUGGGAGCAGCGCUGGGGGUCCGACUUUACAGCCUUCCUGCCAAGAGAGGAUGGAGUCAAUGCCUCCUUCUCCGCCUUCCUUACCUUCUGGUCCUACAUUAUCAUCCUCAACACCGUUGUGCCGAUCUCUCUCUAUGUCAGCAUGGAAGUAAUCCGUCUGGGGAACAGUUUCUACAUCGACUGGGACAGGAAUAUGUAUCACGCCCACAGCGACACCCCGGCCGAGGCGCGUACCACCACCCUGAACGAGGAGCUGGGCCAGAUCAAAUACAUCUUCUCCGACAAGACCGGAACCCUCACUCAGAACAUCAUGACCUUCAACAAGUGUUCUAUCAAUGGGAAGUCUUACGGGGAUGUGAUUGACUACAAUGGUCAGAGACUGGAGAUUAAUGAGAACACAGAGACGGUGGACUGGUCGUUUAAUCCACUGGCUGACCAGCGCUUCUCCUUCCACGACCACUCCCUGGUGGAGGCCGUGAAGCUGGAGAGUCCUGAGGUCCACACCUUCUUCCGACUGCUGUCUCUCUGCCACACCGUCAUGGCCGAAGAAAAGAGAGAGGGUGAGCUGCUGUACCAGGCGCAGUCGCCUGAUGAGGGCGCCUUGGUAACCGCUGCACGCAACUUCGGCUUUGUGUUCCGCUCGCGAACACCAGAGAGUGUCACGGUCGUAGAGAUGGGAAAACAGCGCUGCUACGACCUCCUCGCCAUUCUCGACUUCAACAACGUCCGCAAGAGGAUGUCCGUCAUUGUGCGGAGUCCAGAGGGGAAGCUGUGUCUUUACUGUAAAGGAGCAGACACCAUAAUAUAUGAGAGGCUACACCAGUCCUGUAGCAAGCUGAUGGACAUCACCACUGAACACCUCAAUGAGUAUGCAGGUGAAGGCCUGCGGACCCUAGCUUUAGCCUGCAAGGACCUGGACGAGAAGUACUUCAAGGAAUGGCAACAGCGCCACCAUGUGGCCAGCACAGCCCUGGAGGACAGAGAACAAAAACUAGAUCUCCUUUAUGAGGAGAUAGAGAAGGACCUGAUGUUGCUGGGAGCUACAGCUAUAGAGGAUAAGCUCCAGGAUGGUGUCCCUCAGACCAUUGAGCAGCUCUCCCAGGCAGACAUCAAGAUCUGGGUGCUCACCGGGGAUAAACAAGAGACUGCGGAGAACAUUGGAUACUCUUGCAACAUGCUGCGUGAAGAGAUGAACGACAUCUUCAUCGUAUCCGCCAACAAUACGGAUGACGUCAGACAGGAACUGAGAAAUGCGCUGAACGCCAUAAAACCAGGUGCAGAGGUCUUUACACCAGUGACUAGCCUGGGUAGCAAGGUGAAGGUGAUCAAGGAUGAGGAGGUGGACGGGGAGUUUGGCCUGGUCAUCAACGGACACAGUCUGGCCUAUGCCCUGGAUGGCAGCAUGGAGCUGCUGUUCCUGCGCGUUGCCUGCCUCUGUAAGACGGUGAUCUGCUGCAGGGUGACCCCACUGCAGAAGGCCCAGGUGGUUGAGCUGGUUAAGAAGUACAAACAGGCCGUCACCCUGGCGAUCGGAGACGGGGCCAACGACGUCAGCAUGAUUAAAGCCGCUCAUAUAGGAGUAGGUAUCAGUGGUCAGGAAGGAAUGCAGGCUGUCCUCUCCUCAGACUACUCCUUCGCUCAGUUCCGUUACCUAGAGCGCCUCCUCCUGGUCCACGGUCGCUGGUCCUACUUGAGGAUGUGUAAAUUCCUAAGCUACUUCUUCUACAAGAACUUCACCUUCACCUUUGUACACUUGUGGUAUGCUUUCUUCUGCGGCUUCUCGGCACAGACAGUCUAUGACGAGUGGUUCAUUACGUUGUAUAACCUCGUCUACACAGCACUACCUGUUCUGGGCAUGAGUCUCUUUGACCAGGAUGUGAAUGACAUGUGGAGUUUCCAACACCCUAAGCUGUACGUCCCCGGCCAGCUGAACCAGUACUUCAGUAAGACGGCCUUCUUUAAGUGCGCCCUGCAUAGCGUGUACAGCUCUGUGGUGCUGUUCUUCAUCCCGUACGCUGCCAUGUACGACACGGUCCGCAGUGACGGCAAAGACAUCGCCGACUACCAGUCGUUUGCCCUGCUGACGCAGACCUGCUUGGUGUUCACCGUCUGCAUACAGCUUGGUCUGGACAUGUCCUAUUGGACGGCGGUGAACCAGCUGUUUGUGUGGGGGAGUCUGACCAUGUACUUUGCCGUCACCUUCGCCAUGUACAGCAACGGCAUGUACCUCGCCGCCCCUGCCUCCUUCCCCUUCAUCGGCACAGCCAGGAACUCCUUGAACCAGCCCAAUGUUUGGCUCACCAUCCUGCUCACCUCCAUCCUCUGUGUACUUCCUGUUGUGGCGUACCGCUUCCUGUUGAUACAGCUCCGCCCCACUAUCAACAACAAGGUGAUGUUCAAGGUGAGACAGGCCAAGGCCGCACCCCUCCCUCCGAAGCGACGAGCCAAGAUUCGACGCAGCAGCACCCGUCGCUCCGGCUAUGCCUUCUCCCACGCGCAGGGAUACGGGGACCUGGUGACGUCCACCCGCUUCCUGCGCCGUCCCGCCAUCGUGCCCUCGUCCGGGUUCACCCUCCUGGGUCGCACCACAGGGUUCAGCCCCAUGGGCCGGUCGGCAGGAUACAGCCCUACUGGGCACGCUCAGAACAACAGGCCACGGGACGUGGAGGCGACUUCGCUGCAGAUGUACAGCACUGCGCAGACCCUCGGCUUAUGAGGCGCCGACAGACCCGGCCUCCUGAGGAAUAGGGGCGAGGGGAGGUGGAGGAGGUGGAGGAGGUGGAGGAG